GGCUGCGAAAAAGUCACGUGACACGGCCCUGUUCUUCUUGACAAAAUGUGGAGCGCGGUUGCACGGGCCUCUGCGGGUGUCCUCCGGGGCUUGAAACCGGCCCUAGGCGCCCAAAAUGUUCAAACUGAAACGGCCAAAGCCCUAGUGGGCUUCUGCGCCAACAACAGAACCAGCUAUGCCACACAGGCUGCUGGAAAGGGCUCCGUGGGUCGCGUGGUGGCCGUCAUCGGCGCCGUCGUUGACGUCCAGUUCGACGACAACCUGCCACCCAUCCUGAACUCUCUGGAAGUCAGGAACAGGUCACCAAGGCUGGUGCUUGAAGUCGCCCAGCAUCUUGGAGAGAACACUGUGCGAACCAUUGCCAUGGACGGUACCGAAGGUCUUGUGCGAGGCCAGGAGGUGCAGGACUCUGGCUACCCCAUCAGAAUUCCCGUGGGUGCCGAGACCCUUGGCCGCAUCAUCAACGUCAUUGGCGAGCCCAUUGACGAGAGAGGCCCCAUCAACACCGACAAGUUUGCUGCCAUCCACGCAGACGCCCCUGAAUUCGUCGAAAUGAGCGUCGAGCAGGAGAUCUUGGUCACUGGCAUCAAGGUCGUCGACCUGCUGGCUCCCUAUGCCAAGGGAGGAAAGAUUGGUCUUUUCGGAGGUGCCGGUGUAGGCAAGACUGUGCUCAUCAUGGAGCUGAUCAACAACGUGGCCAAGGCUCACGGUGGUUACUCCGUGUUUGCUGGUGUCGGUGAGAGAACCCGUGAGGGUAACGACUUGUACCACGAAAUGAUUGAGUCCGGUGUCAUCUCCCUCAAGGACAAGACCUCCAAGGUCGCCCUUGUGUACGGUCAGAUGAACGAGCCCCCUGGCGCCCGUGCCCGUGUUGCCCUCACUGGAUUGACCGUGGCCGAGUACUUCCGUGACCAGGAGGGUCAGGAUGUGCUGCUCUUCAUCGACAACAUUUUCCGUUUCACACAGGCUGGUUCCGAGGUGUCUGCCCUGCUGGGUCGUAUCCCCUCUGCUGUGGGCUACCAACCCACCCUGGCCACUGACAUGGGUACCAUGCAGGAGCGCAUCACCACCACCAAGAAGGGCUCCAUCACCUCCGUGCAGGCCAUUUAUGUGCCCGCUGACGAUUUGACCGAUCCCGCCCCUGCCACUACCUUCGCUCACUUGGACGCCACCACCGUCUUGUCCCGUGCCAUUGCCGAGUUGGGAAUCUACCCCGCCGUCGAUCCCCUCGACUCCACCUCCCGUAUCAUGGACCCCAACAUUAUUGGAGCAGAGCAUUACAACGUUGCUCGUGGUGUCCAGAAAAUCCUUCAGGACUACAAGUCUCUGCAGGACAUCAUUGCCAUCCUGGGUAUGGAUGAGUUGUCUGAGGAGGACAAACUGACAGUCGCACGCGCCCGCAAGAUCCAGAGGUUCCUGUCACAGCCUUUCCAGGUUGCUGAAGUUUUCACUGGCCACGCUGGCAAGCUUGUGCCCCUUGCUGAGACCAUCAAGGGAUUCAAGAAGAUCUUGGGAGGAGAUUACGACCACUUGCCCGAGGUUGCCUUCUACAUGGUAGGCCCAAUUGAAGAGGUUGUUGCUAAGGCUGAGAAGCUUGCUGAGCAGACCUCAUAAACGUGAACUCCCAAACUUCAGUUUUGUAGUCUCAAAAUCAUCUUCAGAUUUAUUUAAGACAAAAUGGAUUCUCUCUUCGCCAAAGCUCCGUUUGUGCAGCCCCCCAAAAAACAAAGGAGCUCUUGGCCGACAGAAAUCUAAUUUGAAAGCUGCUGCACUUAAAGUGUUGAAAUUCAAUGAAAGCCCACCCGGGACAAAACUAAUUACUCUGCAGAACCACAAUUUUUUUCUGUCUAAACUUUUGUUGGUACUUGAAUUCCAAGUAGGUCGACUGUUUCUUUGUUGAUAUAUUGUACAAUUAAACAAUUCAUAAAUAUAGAAGUGGUGGAACUGAAAGCGCCCAUGUAAUUAAAAGGAUGGAAGAAAGUGAUGAAAUGUUGAA